AUGGCCCAGCACAAGUUCGCGGAUUACCACGCGGACAAAGGAGACAGCGGCGCCGCCGCUGUCUCAUCCGGUAGUCCAGUCGGUGUCGACGGCGUCGACGCCGACGCAGACGCUCUCUCCCGCAUCCAAAUCAAACCCGUCAACGACGAGGACGAUACUUCCGUGAUAAUCACUUUCAACCAGGACGUUUCCUGGUUCAUCGUGGUGCUGACGUUCGUCGCGUCAAUUUCGGGCUUCAUGUUCGGUUACGACACCGGUUACAUCUCCAGUGCGCUGGUCUCGAUGGGAACCGACCUCGACAACCGCUUGCUGACCUACGGCGACAAAGAAAUCAUCACCGCAGCCACCUCGCUCGGCGCCUUGCUGAGUUCCAUUGUUGCAGGCACCUGUGCUGACAUCUGGGGCCGCAAGCCUUGCAUCAUGUUUUCCAAUCUACUGUUUGUCGUGGGCGCCGCGCUUCAAGUCUCCGCUCAUACUUUUUGGCAGAUGGCCGCGGGCCGUCUGGUCAUGGGUUUCGGCGUCGGUAUCGGCUCCCUCAUCUCACCUUUGUUCAUUGGUGAAAUUGCACCUAAGAUGAUACGUGGCCGUCUCGUCGUCAUCAAUUCUUUGUGUCUAACCGGCGGUCAACUGAUCGCCUAUGGUUGCGGUGCAGGUCUCGAUAAAGUCCACAACGGAUGGCGCAUACUGGUUGGGCUCUCGUUGAUCCCCACCUGUGUUCAAUUUGGCUGUUUUUGUUUCUUACCCGAUACUCCCAGAUACUACGUCAUGAAGGGCCAACUCGAUAAAGCGGCUAAAGUAUUGGCCAAAAGUUACAACAAUGCUCCAGAGGAAUUAAUUCAACAAAAGAUCAUCGAGCUCAACACUUUGAAUCGGGUCAUUCCUGGAAACUCGGUAGGGAAAAGAGUCAUCAACACCAUCAAAGAAAUCCAUACCGUACCUUCGAAUUUCAGAGCACUUAUCCUUGGUUGUGCAAUGCAAGGUAUCCAGCAAUUCUGUGGUUGGAAUUCUUUGAUGUAUUUUUCUGGCACAAUUUUUGAAACCGUGGGUUUCAAAAACUCUACCGCAGUAUCUAUUGUUGUGGCAGGUACCAACUUCAUAUUUACUCUCGUGGCUUUUUUCGCCAUUGACCGUAUUGGCCGCAGAGUCAUCUUACUCAUCGGGCUUCCCGGCAUGUGCGUUUCGUUAGUGGUAUGUGCCAUUGCGUUUCAUUACAUGGGGGUUCGUUUCGAAGGAGGUGGCAACGCCGUGAUCGAACACGGUGGUUUCAGUGCAUGGGGAAUUGUUGUUAUCUUGUCCAUUAUAAUGUAUGCCGCAUUCUACGCUUUAGGUAUCGGUACCGUGCCAUGGCAACAAUCCGAACUAUUCCCACAAGCCGUGCGUGGAAUUGGUACCUCAUUUUCAACUGCUACCAAUUGGGCUGGUUCCAUGGUAAUUGCUUCCACAUUUCUCACCAUGUUGCAAAACAUUACACCCACAGGAACGUUUGCUUUGUUCGCCGCCUUAUCCUUUGUCUCAUUCUUGUUCAUUUAUUUCUGCUAUCCAGAGUUAUCUGGUUUGGAGCUCGAAGAAGUGCAAAUGAUCCUCAAAGACGGGUUCAAUAUUAAAGCUUCUCAGAGACUUGCCAAGAAACGUAAGCAACAAAUGGCAAACCAAAAGGAUGCCAUCCAUGAUGACAAACUGCAAGGUUAUAAUAAAAAUAAGCCUUCUGAUGAAUUGAUGGAAGGUUAG